GAUCAAUGUCCCGACAAAUACUCCGCUGCCCUCUGGUUGGCGCUGGUGGUCGUGAUCGUCGCGUGCUGCUGUCUUUGCGUGGCCUUCACCAUCAGCAGCAAGUCCAAGCGGAACAUUGGUUUUGCGCAGCGUGGCGGCGGAAGGUUUGAUGGGGCCUACGCCGCUAAUUUCGGAGGGACGCCACAGCCGGGCUACGCCAUGAGUCAAGUUUCUCCUUACGGGAGUACGGUGCAGGCAAGCAUGGACCCCAACUACAACACCACUUAUGGAUUUGCUCAGCCUGUCAUCAUGGGCGCUCAAACAUCUUAUACUGGAGUCCAAGGUGCUCAAACACCUUAUUCUGGAGUUCAAGGCCCUCAAACAUCUUAUACUGGAGUUCAAGGCUCUCAAACAACUUAUACUGGAGUUCAAGGUCCUCAAAGUCCUUAUGCUGGAGUCCAAGGUCCCCAAAACGCUUACACUGG